CGUGCUGAGACGCGUUAUAAAUACAGGCACACACUCCCCCCCUCUGUUUAGAAACGGACAAUCUGUAAUUGCUGGAGGAUCUACAACACUUCUUGAAUGAAGUAGAUCGAUUCUGCUUUAUGAAGAAAACAAACAUGACACGUAAGGCCAAAGUCACUUGGAGGCCCUGCGCGUGCGGAAAGAACUGCCUGGGGCCCCUGACAUUUCACCCCGAAGUGAAGGGGCAGCAUAUAAAGUUGAGUGCAGGCGACCGGCGCGCGACCAGAAACCCGGAGUCGUUCCGUCACGGUGUGACUUUCAGCAGUCGACCGCUGCGAAUCGAGGAGAAAGUGCGCAUGCGCGUGGAGCGCUCUGUGGCGGGCUGGCACGGUGCGCUCCGGCUCGGUUUCACCAGCGUGCCGCCCGGUUCCGCUCCCAUGCGUUCUCUGGCCAUUCCCGAUCUCACCGACCGACCGGGAUUCUGGGCGACCCCUGUACCUGUGAACUUCUGCUCCCCACGCACCGAGCUGACCUUCUGGGUGACGCACACCGGAUGCCUUCGCAUCCAGACGGAUGACGGGUUUGAACACCAACAAAAAAUGUUGCAAUUGGACACGAGGAAGCCGAUCUGGGCCAUGAUUGACGUGUACGGCCAGACAAGGGCUGUCCUCUUACUAGGCUCAGAGAAGAAGACUUUAUUCUGCAUGCGCCGCUCUUGCCCUGUUCCCGAAAUCAGGGCUACAGAGGAGAACUGUGGUUAUGACCAGAUUCCUGAAGAGAUUCUGAGAAAGAGGAUGUCUAUAGAAUUGAAACCUCCUUCAUUUCAGAGCAGUGAAGAUGUACGAAUAGACGACUUAAACGAUGAAGAGCUCUGUGUGGUGUGCUACCUCGAGACUGCCUGCGUGCUCCUGGACUGUGGUCACUACUGUUUGUGCUCUCAGUGUGCAACGAGGGUCAUCAGAGACUUUGGGACGUGCCCGUUAUGUCGGCAGUGCAUUCGCAACUAAAAUUAAGAGAAAAAGAGUGAGAGAGAAAGAGAGAGAUGAUGAUGAUGAUGAUGAUGAUGAUGAUGAUGAUGAUGAUGAUGUACAAAAGUGUAAAUAUUGUGAAUUAAUAUUCUAUUAUUUUGUAAAUAUUUUGUACAG